AUGGACUUGCGCUCAGACGAUGCCCCGGUUAUCGGUCACUCUCCCAGAUUCCACAAGGGACAUCCCCAGACCAGCACCAUCCUAGAUGACGUGAGCUUGCCGGUGGAUAUAGAGAUGCCUUUUGUUCUGGGAGAUGGGCUCAUAGAGAAGACGGGCGCCGUGGUCAUCGACAUGGGCACGGGGACUUGCAAGUCUGGCUUUGCCGGACAGGCGAAGCCCGUGUCCACCGUGGCCACGGUGCUGGGGCACUUGCCAGAAAAGGCUUCGACAGCCAGCCGCCCCCAGCUACCCACGUUCAUUGGCGAAUGUGCUCGAGGGCACCCAGGACUCAGCCUGAUCCAGCCCUUACGGAAUGGCAUCAUUGUGGACUGGGAGGCGGCAGAGACCCUUUGGCACUACGUCUUUUAUAACGACCUGGGGGUGGCUCCCGAGGAUCACCCUCUCCUUCUCUCGGACCCACCCUUUAGCCCCACCACGAAUCGGGAAAAACUGGUGGAGGUGGUGUUCGAGUCCCUUCACUCCCCAGGCAUGUAUGUGGCUUACCAGUCGGUGUUGUCCGUCUAUGCCCACGGGCUGGUCAGCGGGCUGGUGGUGGAUUCGGGCCAUGGCGUGACGCACACCGUCCCCGUGUAUCAGGGCUAUAACCUGCCCCACGCCACCGAGCGUCUGGACUUGGCUGGCUCCCACCUGACGGCCUUCCUGGCAGAGAUGCUUCGGGGUGCCGGCUACCCCUUUGGGGAGCGCGACACCUCGCUGCUAGAAAGCAUCAAACACCAGUGCUGCUACGUAGCCGAUGACUUCAUCGCGGAGCAGAACCUGCCCACCAAGGCCAUCCGAGAGAACUUCCGGCUGCCCGAUGGUAAGGUCAUAAGCCUUGGCAAAGAGCGUUUCCAGUGCCCCGAGCUGCUCUUCCACCCCCCAGAGAUGCCAGGCCUGGUGCCUUUGGGAAUCCCUGACAUGGCCAAAGAAAGCCUGAGGAAGGUGCCCAGUGAGGCUCGUGAAGACAUUUCCCAGAACGUCCUGCUGUGCGGCGGCUCUUCCCUGUUCCCGGGACUAGAGCAGCGCUUCUCCAAGGAGCUGCUCCAGGGGGCACCUCCCCAGACCUUCAAAUCGGUGUGUGCCCAGCCCCUGCGGAACUACUCCGUAUGGAUCGGAGGCUCCAUCCUUGCUUCUCUCCGGGCUUUUCAAUCUUGCUGGAUCCAACGGAACCAGUAUGAGGAGCAAGGACCAUACAUUGUCUAUCAGAAGUGUUAUUGA